AUUGUGCAGCGCUGCUUGUUGUUGCCUGUCUGAAGGAGCGUGAGUAUAUAGUGUUACAGCCGGUCAGAUACUCAGUCAUUCAAGCAAGCUAUGAACGGGAAUACUUUUUUUUUUAUAUAGAAGUGUGUGAAACUAAAAGAUUAAUAAGAGCAAAGAUCUGGAAAAGGAGAAGAGGUCACACUGACAGAGUUGAGGAUGAUGGCAGAGGGGCGUUUUGCCAGUCUGCCUCGGUCCCUCCAUGCACACCACACCCUGGGAGGAAGCAAUGCACACCCUGGAGUCCCCUCCACCUCCCUCGGUGUCCCCAGCGGCAGCACCUGCUCUUCUAGGGGGCUCCAGGCCUCCCUCGCCUCCUCCAUGGACCUCCUCAGCUCCAAACCCGGACUCCCUCUGGGUCAGGGCAGCAGCCUAUCAGAGCUGCCCGCUGCUUCCUACCAGCCAAUCUCCAUUCACGGAACUCUGCCUCGACGCAAGAGAGGAGGUGCCAACCUCACCCAUGGCAACUACACCUGGGAUCCCAGAGCCAAUCACAAGCAACAUCAACCCAUGACCUCACCGUUGGUCCAAAAUAUCAUUGACGACUUUCAUGGUUACAGGGAGCCUGCUGCCGGCCUGGAUGCCACGGUGGACUACGUUAAGUUCUCCCGAGAUCAGUUCAUCUUGGACUGUCCUUCAGAGAAACUCCGCAGGGAGCUGGAGGAAGAGCUAAAGAUGAACUGCGAGGAGCCCCGAAGCCAUGCAUGGUACCACGGAGCGAUACCCAGACAGGUUGCAGAGAAUUUGGUGCAGCGUGAUGGAGAUUUCCUGAUCCGUGAUUCACUGUCCAGUCCAGGGAGCUACGUUCUGACCUCCCAAUGGCGAAAUGCAGCCCAGCACUUUAAAAUCAACAAGAGGGUAGUAAUGUUGAAUGAGGCAUACUCCAGAGUUGAGUACCGGCUGGAAAGGGAAGGAUUUGACAGCAUCCCUGCACUUAUAAGAUACUACGUCGGCAACAGAAAACCCGUCUCUCAGGUGGUGGGAGCCAUUAUCUUCCAGCCUAUUAACCGAGGGCUGCCGCUGCGCUGCUUGGAGGAAAAGUACGGCUUGUCCAGCCAUCACAGAGAGGCUCUUAUGUCGCAGGAGAGACGUCAAAAGCGCCUUAGCCUCAACAUAACCAAUGGACACACACAGGAUAACACACACACUGUGCAGGACAGCACACAUUGCCGGGACAACGGCAUGAGCCGGGGCAGCCAGCUCAGGUCAAAGGAUCGCUGUGGCAGCCAACCAGCAAGUCUCAAUCAAGUUCAAGAGAGGCGGCGUCCGCUCAAGGCGCACCAAUCAGAGAGCUACCUGCCGCUUGGAUCUAAACCGCAGCCCCAGCAGUCUCCUGACGCUCUCCUCCCGAGCCCCAGCCCCAAAUCUCCAGUGUUCCGGACGGGCAGCGAGCCGGUGCUGAGCCCCUCUGUUCCACGGAGACCUGCAGACAUUCUGGCAGGUCAGGCAAUCCGGGGCUCUGACAGCCAGCUCUGUCCCAAACCGCCUCCCAAACCCAGCAAGGUGCCGCUGGCUCGACUGCCUCGCUCCCCCUGCCUCCAGCCGCUGGCUCCCCCCUCCACCUCCUCCAACCUCACUGACUCCUUCUCCACCUCCCCCAGGCUAACUGCGCCUCCGCUGGACACCACCUGUGUGGAAACUCUUGGUUCCACAUGGAGGAGUGGAGGCCCUCCUGUCCCUCCAGUCAAACCCCUGAAGCUCCAUCAGCUCCUGCCUGCAGACUCCCUCAGCUCCUCCGGCUUUGCCGAGCUUCACUUUUCAGAUUCAGAGGCAAAGACAGGAUGGACUGAGCGCCUGCAGCAGAGCCCCGCAGACCUGAGGUCCUGCAGCCCGCUGGAGUGGGAGGAAUCAAACUCCCCAAACUCCGACCUGGACCCUCAGCCUCCACUCAGCAGCUACGUGGAGAGACUGAGGAGAGAAGGGGAGGGAGGGAGACAGGAGGACAAGAGUGAAGAGAAGGAGACAGGAGGAAGGAGAGGACUGGACAGAAGCUCCUAUCAUCACGCCAUCGCUGCUUUAGAAAACACCAGCGAGGAGGAGGAGGAGGACGUGGCGAGGGAGGAGGAGGAAGAUAAGAAGAACAGUUUCCAGAGGCCGGUGGAGGAGACAGAGUCGACGUUCCAGCCGGCAGAGUUUGGAUCUCGACUUCUGCCACCGGAGAACAAACCGCUGGAGAUGGUGGUGCUGAAGAGAGCGAAGGAGCUGCUGCUCAACCACAACCACCACAGCAUCGCCAGACACCUGCUGAUGGCUGACUGCCAGGUUGCUCGGAUACUGGCAGUGACUCCAGAGGUUAAAGGUCGGAUGGGCGUGUCUUCUGGUCUGGAGCUGGUGACGCUGCCGCAUGGUCAACAGCUGAGGCUUGACCUCAUGGAAAGGCAUCACACCAUGGCGAUAGGUGUUGCUGUGGAUAUUCUGGGAUGUACGGGCAGUGUGGACGAGCGGGCGUCCACAUUAAAUCGCAUCAUCCUGGUCGCGUUGGAGCUGAAGGACACAGUGGGCGACCUGUUCGCUUUCACAGCCCUGAUGAAAGCUCUGGACCUGCCGCAGAUCAGCCGUUUGGAGGAAACAUGGACGGCUCUACGGAGGAACUACACACAGACCGCCAUCAGCUACGAGAAAACACUCAAACCUUUCUACAAGAAUCUGUAUGAGGGCACAGCUUCCUCUCCUGCGGUGGUCUGCGUUCCCCUCCUGCUGCCCCUCCUCACUUUGAUGGAGCGCCCAUCAAUCGCACCUGAAGGGGCGGAGCUCUGGGAGACCAGCGACCAGGGCUGCGACAUCAUGCUGCGCCACCUGGAGGCUGCACGCGAGGUCGCACACAACGCACACAGCUACACGGCCAACGCACAGAGGAUCCUACAAGGUUUCACGUGUGAUGAGGACUUGUUGGAGGUGUUUAAAACAGACUUUCAGCUGCGGCUGCUGUGGGGGAGCCGCGGUGCUUCAGUCAACCAAUCAGAUCGUUACAACAAAUUCAAUCUCAUCCUCACUGCGUUGUCACGGAAACUGGAGCCCCCGCCCAAAACACAAACCUUAAUCUGACUUCAUGAUGCACUUUGGACUUCAGUAGAGCAUCAGGUGGAUGAGAAACCAGCUGUGCCGAAGGGAAGAAGAGACAAUAACUGUAACGAGACAGAAAGUUGAUCAGAGAAUAACCUGCUGUCAGUCUGAGGAGGAGAAAACAAAUCAAACUUCACACAGACUCUCCUGCAGCUGCAGAAGCUGCUGAACUGCAGUCGUAUUUCUACAGAUAAAUGUCCAAAAGUCUGCCAUCAUCCCUUCAGUUUAACGUGGGUGAAGGGCUCAUAUCGUUAAUGUCCAGUAAAACAAUGCAAACACGCAGGUUCACUUUAUUUAAAAUUCACAUGAACUUCAAAGUACCUCCACAAUUUACACCUUAAAAUAUGACAUCAGACACACAGCUUUAAGACUUCACAUGUAAAAAUUACACACACACACACACACACACACAGAUAACAUUUAUUAUAAUACCUGCAGGACUGAGAUUGUGAUUAUACUUCUGUUUUACUCACUUAUUUCCAUUGCUGAAAUCAGGAAAUGCAGCAUCCACAGGUCACUAAAUCCAUCUAUGUUUUGGUGAAAUAUGUCGCGCGGUCAUAGCUCAACUUUAAAAAUGACCUUUUUUUUUUUUUUUUUUUUAAGGGAGUGACUCAUAAUUGUGUGAGAACAGGGCAGACCAGAGAGGUGUAAAGGGAGAUGUUGAUAUUGAAAUUUUCUUCAACAGGCAUUGGUUUUGUUUUUACACCCGACAUUCCAGUUAGUCAAAAACACAUUUUUGUAUUAAGACUAAAUUUAAAAAAUAAACAAAACAGCAAAUAGCUCCACAUCUUGUCUUGACAAGCACAAUAGGAGCAAAAAUUAAAGGAGGAUGUCCAGUUAAAGUCGUUAGUGCACUCUGUAUUUAUUCCUGGUAAAAUCAGCUUGAUAAUAAAAUAUAAUUUAACGGUUAUACAAACCGAGGAACGACAUUUAUCUUUAAAGUCAACGUCUGUGUGUAUCGUUUAGAGAGAAAUAAGAAAUGUAUUUAAGAGUAACCAUGAGAUAUAUGGCUCCUCUGAUACAAAACCACUGAAAAGUCAAGAAACAAUAACAUACAAUCACAUCUACAAGUUAAUAUUUAUAGCAAGUUUUAAACCUAGGGGA